GCAUCCUCUUUCUCUCGAGAUCAUGGCAUUGAGGAACAGUUGUCAGCAUUUGAAUUUGAUGUCUCCGCACAGGAGGUCGGUAAUGCUAAUGCUGUAAUUGUGAAUAAUUUAUUCUGAAAUCAUAAACUAUCAUGCGAAUGAGCACUGCAGAAAUCGCAGCAAACCUAGAAGCGAAAGAAUUAGACGUGAACAUCAAGAAGGAUCCACAUUCAAUCUAACGUGAUCUAUUUGGCGCCAGUCGCUGUUAAUCUCAUUGAAAAGAAAUGGAUGAUAAAGGCGAGCCCGAGGCCGAGCGCAAGCCAAGCCGUGCAGCCAGACAGCUCUUGUUGUAUUUUUAAGAAGCAUCUCAGUGGCAUUCAGAUUCAGCUAGCAGCAUAAAUCUUAAACAAGACUCUUGAUCACCAGCAACACCUAUCUCAUCUCCAUCAUCCAAUUACAACAACACUUUAGCGUCGUAUCCUCUAAGUGAGUUCUACAAUUUCUUUUCCGCAAUUGUUGUGCUCCUUCACUUUGUUCUCGAUUAAACAAAGGAGUAAGUAGUCUAAGUAGUUUAAACUUAAAGUACAUCGGUUGAACGAUUGUUCCAUAAAUUCUCCAACAGCAAGAAAGAUGGCAAAGAUUAUCAGUGUCAAAGCUCGCGAGAUUUUCGACUCCCGUGGUAACCCCACUGUGGAGGUCGAUCUGGCCACUAUCAAAGUGAAAAACGCCCCCACCCCCGAACUUGGGAGCAUUUGUAUUGCAAACCUUUCCAAAUGAAACAUUCGCCCUCUUGCAUCUAUCAGCAUCACAGAUUUCCGAUCGUGAUGAAUAGCAAAAGUUUGUAUUGCAAAAGAUCCCAGACCCAGCAAGAGCGGCGCUUGUCAUGCAAGCAAUGCUAUAUACGCCUAGACUCUGCAUCACAAAGAUUCAUAUUCCUUUCGUGCAUGACAAAAACCUUUCAUUUGGAAACUUCGCAUCACAAAUUAUUGCAACACUGGGGGUGGGGGCAUUUUUCACUGUAAUAGCCACCACCAACGGUUUGUUCCGUGCUGCGGUGCCUUCGGGCGCCUCCACGGGCAUUUAUGAAGCGCUGGAAUUGCGCGACAAGGAUCCGUCCCGCCUGAAUGGCAAGGGUGUGCUCAAGGCCGUCGAAAACGUUAACGAUAUCCUGGGCCCGAAACUUGUGGGAAUGGACCCCACGGCGCAGGCAGAAAUCGACAAGAAGAUGGUUGAGGACCUGUAUCCUGAGUAAAAGCGUCCCAAGCCCGCGAUAUUUUUCAUAAAUGCAAAUCUGCACACUAAGGAUCGAUGUCUCUCUAUCAUACAUUGCGCAGCCCCGUCAAAGCAUUCUUAAUAUUCAGCGCUGCCUAGGAACUUCCUAUGCUCAAACUAUCAGAUUAUUUCAUUUCAGAACAACAAACAAAUUGCACACAAAAAGUGAAGAUGCUUGCGCGCAGGCUAAACUAACACAUCAUACACAUCAACUGUGGCGCGGCCCCGAAGAAACUGAAACUUGUGGUGUGUAUGUCCUGGAACUAGAGCUCCGCGACUUGUCUUGAAGACUUUCUACCUUGGCUAUUGAGAAGGGACGCGUUUGCUCAGGAUAACCUGGACGGCACGCAGAACGAAUGGGGUUGGUGCAAGAGCAAGCUUGGUAAACGAGAUUCAUAGUUGAUAUUGUGUCCGUGCGGUCUUCAUCUGGUCGGGCUCGCACAGUGAUUUUCUUGACGUUCACGUGUGAGGAGGACAUACGUCACGACUUUCCGAUUAGUGCCUUACUUUCCAUAUUCAACUACGUACUGUACUGUACAAUAAAGCCGAAGGGCCACAACUUCUCCACGCUCCCCCUCGGGCAUCUCGUAUAAUUCCGAUUUUACAGGCGCCAAUGCUAUCCUGGCCGUGUCGAUGGCAGUCUGCCGCGCCGGUGCUGCAGCGCAGCAAAUGCCGCUCUACAAGCACAUUGCGGGGCUUGCCCGGAUUGAAACCGACUCCUUUUUGAUGCCGGUUCCCAGUUUCAAUGUGAUCAACGGUGGGAGUCACGCUGGAAACAAGUGCGCUCAAUGAUGUUAUUAUUCAGCUUAUAUGAAGAUUUUGAUGAUUAUGGGUGCUCGUCUAAAAUAGUCUUAGUAAUCGUAGGUGGAUGGAGAACAAGAGCUCCUGAGGUAAAAGAUUGAUCAAGAAGCCCCAUGAUUGAUAUUGGUCUUGUGCUCCUUCUAUCACGAAACGGAAACUCCACCACCUAACCACAACAACAGAUUGGCGUGCCAGGAGUUCAUGAUUCUGCCUACUGGCGCCAGUUCGUUCCGCGAGGCUAUGCAAAUUGGCGCAGAAGUCUACGUAUCCAGUGCAAAAGUAUCUUACUAGUAGUACCGAGCAGAAGAAUAUGCAAAUUUUGAGCUCCAGAAGCACGAUGCUCAUUCUGAUUCACGAUUAGACCGCGGUACAAUAGAGGCGCGCGAUUUGUCAUGCAGAAGUAUGAUCCGGCGGUUGUGUUGCAAUUAGUACGAGUCGUGCGAUACUUUUGCAAAGGAUAGUGCGCGACGCUGAAGAAGGUAAUUACCAAGAAAUACGGGCAGGACGCGGUUAACGUGGGAGAUGAGGGAGGAUUUGCUCCGAACGUGCAGGACAACAACGAAGCUCUGGCUGUUCUCAUGGAGGCAAUCGAAGCUUCGGGGCACCAGGAUAAGGUAUGUGCGCGGGGGCAUGUUGUUUGACGUUCAUAAAGAACUUAAUUUCUAGACUGCAACUCUCCUUUUGGUUUUGUCAACACGGUUUUGUUCUGUUCGAGUGCCUGCCUCCUCGCUGAAGACGAAUCAAGAGGACUUUAUGUUUCAUAAUGCAAAAGUGCUGUCAACAUGAGCGCGGCGACCACUGGUUUCUCUAGCUCCUCCGUCUUUUUACUUUAUAGCUUGUUUCAACAAGUAGGCCAGUCUUGGGCACGAAUAAGUACUUUUUACGAAACAACUGUAGGUGAAAAUCGGUACCGAUGUGGCGGCGUCGGAGUUUUACCAGGACGGAAAGUACAACCUGGGCUGGAAGAACCCGGAGGCCAAAGACGAGUCGCAGAAAAAGACCUCAGCGGAAAUGAUCCAGUACUACAAAUCUGAGUGGAUUGACAAGUACCCCUUCGUCUCUAUCGAAGACCCGUUUGACCAGGACGACUGGGAAGCCUACACCGCUUUCACCGCUGCCGUGGGUAUAGUUUUUCAAGGUCAUCAUGCGCUUGUUUCGCGGGCGCGUGGUAAACUUUUUAGCGUCUUCGGCUAAAAGUGGUGUUGACCACUCGUUUUAGAGCGGAAACAAUUUUUCCGCCACGCCUUACUUCUUUGUGCGGCUUGCUUCGGAGAACGACGAGAAAAAGUCUACAAUUAUGUAUGAUGUAUAGUUUCUCCUCUACUGUGUCAACAUAUAUGAAUAUGGAGUAGUAGAAGUUUCAGCUCUACUCUGUACUUUUCUCGUCGAAAAUCAAUACGCUUGGGUCUUGUUUCAGGUAAAGAGCAGCAGAUUGUUGGCGAUGACUUGUUGGUAACCAACCCGAAGCGAGUGCAGAAGGCGAUUGACUGCAGUGCGUGCAACGCGUUACUGCUGAAGGUGAACCAGAUCGGGAGCAUCACCGAAGCGAUCGAAGCGGCGAACAUGGCCCGCGAGCGCGGCUGGGGCGUGAUGGUGUCGCACCGCUCGGGCGAAACCGAGGACGUUUUCAUUGCCGACCUGGUCGUUGGCCUGCGCACCGGGCAGAUCAAGACGGGAGCCCCCUGCCGAAGCGAGCGCCUGGCCAAGUACAACCAACUGUUGCGCAUCGAGGAGGAGCUCGGGGGCAAAGCGCUCUUCGCCGGUGAGAAGUUCCGCAACUUUGACAAGAAGAACUAA